AUGAAUUUCGAUCUAGAUGAUCCUCUGGAAGGAUUGCUAAGUGAUGGUAGUAAUGAUAGCUUGUUUGGAAAUGAAACAUCAAAAAAACCGUCUCAAUCUACCAAACCCGGUAAAAUGGAGGACUUGUUCGGUAUUAAAACCGAUCCAACAAAGGUUACUUCGAUUGCCAAAACUGUGGAACAAACCGGAACAGCGUCCGAAAAAGUGCAACCGGCAUCAUUAGAUUACACGAAACCUUCCACAUCGGCUACCCACCAACCAUCGAGCUUAACCAGCGUUCAGGGAAGGAAACCGGACACCUUGGCUAAUAAGCCCGUUGGCUCCACUGCAUCUAACAAACCCGCUACUCCACAGAAGAAGGAAAUUUCAUUCGAUGAUAGUGACCUGUUGGCAGACCUGGGUUUCGAUCCUAAAAAGCCCAGAUCAAAGUCCAGCAUUCUUGACGACAUUCUCGGUGGUACGUUAACGGCAUCAACUAAAGAAAUACCGCCAAAAAGUGUUAUUGCCAAACCCAGACAAAGCCUUACCACGACGCUAGAAGAACCGCCCAAUACUGGUAAAGCUUUUUCUCGUCAAACAACGGAAACUUCAGACAACCCACCACUCGAAAGUACAGUUACGGGAAGCUACGCACCUAGCAGCAAUAAUAUACCGAGUUCCGGUGCAAUGCCAAAGAGAAGUGGACGCCGGAAAUCUUCCGUCUCUAUGCUGAACGAUCCUUUGGGACUGUUUGGGUCCACCACGGAAGAAAAACUUCCUCGUUCUGAAACAAAGCAACCAAAGAAAGGAGGCGCUGAUUGGUUAGGUCUAAACGAUGACACAGCAGUGAAGGAAAUGGAUCCCAUCCCAAUGACUGCUCUAACCAAGCAACGUGAUUCCAUAGCAUCGAAGGUACCAAUUGCUUCAGUUCCUCAACAGCAAGAUGUUUCUCCGGAAGUAUCCGUCCUCCCAAAGCCAGAUAAGUUACCUUCUCCUACUAAAACGACCGUUGUUCUUUCCCAACCUAUUAUUCAACCCAAACCGCUGAUACCCGACCCUGCAACAAUCACUAACACCAUCCAGUUUGUGGAGGCGGAAGCACAAGGUGCAAUUGCGACAAUGCAACAGCAAGAGUUCCAAUUGUCUGUGGCAAGUCAAAUGAUUUCCCAAGAACAUGCAUUAGUCGAUAUGCAGCAGAAACAACACGCUAUUCUCAAAAGGCAGGAAGCGCAGUUUAACGAACUGCUUCGGAAACAAAUGCAACGUCACACUGCAUUGGAAGAUGUCCUUGCGAAGCAGCAGCAACGAAUAAAUGCGAACAUUCAACUCAUUAUGAGCCAACCAGCUAUGCCCGUUAACCCCUUCCUGGGGAGCAUAGAAACGGAAGAACACUUCGAAAAUGAGCCCCAACAUGCUUCAGAUAAAAAUCCGAUCGAAAAGGUAGAACUCCAAACCGAUGUAAAACGGCUCGAAAUGGAAAAGCUUCGAUUGGAAGAUAUGAUUUCCAACCUUUCGGUGAACCAUGAGCAAGAACUUUCUAUACUCGAAACAAGCUACAAAAAACAAAUGACCUUCCUGGAAGACAGUCUCCGCAUCAUGGAGGCAAGGCUGAAGCACGACAAUAAGCAGUUGGAAGAGUUUUAUCAGGCCAAAAUUAGCUUCAUCGAACAAGGACAGCAAAAGCUCGUUAAAGAUUACGAAGCGAAGGUGCAAUCCAUGGAAGAACAGCACCGCAAACUGAUCGAACAACUGAAGCAAGGAUACGAAGAAAAUCUUGAACAAUUGCGACAGGAUCAUCGCGAAAUGAUCGCUACCAUACGUGAAUCAAAAAUACUUGAGUUUUCAGUCGUGCAGGAUAAUCAAUCCUAUCUGAACACGCUCAAAAGUGCUUCCAGCUAUCUAGAGAAUGCAUCAGGAGAUCUGCAACAGUUGAGAGAUACACUGCAGGAUCAAAUAGAAUUUUCACACAAGGAAAGAGAGCGCCUGCUGAAGCAACGCGAAAAGCAACUCGAAGAUCAGCAAAAGCAGCUCGAGCACACGCGGCAUGCCGCUGCUGAAGAGAACGUUCGUCUGCUGAACUUGGUGGAAAUGCUUGAGGGCAAAGUUACCGAGAUGACAAAGAUAUCGUCGGAAGAGCGAUGGGAAUAUCAGCAAAAGUGUAUCAAGUUGGAAGCAGAAAAGCAAAUUAUGGACAAAGAAAAGCAGUUCUUUCGCGAUCGACACGAACGCGAGGAAAGUCGAAUCGCGGAACUUAAGCAAACACAGCUAGAAGAUCACGCUCGCCUGAUGGAUAAAGUGACACAAGAACGGCAAAUACUGUUGCAGGAGAAAGCCAAGUUAGAAACCAUGGCCCAACUGACACCCGGCACAGGUUCUGCAUUUGGUUCCGGUACAUCCCGUGCUGAAGUGGAAGCCGCCCUGAAGGUGGCUGAGGAAGCAGCUCGCCACGCCGACACAGAGAAAGAACGUUAUCUCAACCUACAGCGUCAGCUCGAAACGAAACGCCGUGAGAUUCAGACACGCGAAAGCAAACUACGUGAAGCCAAAGACGAACUAGAAGCCGCCAUCGAUAGAGCUUCACAAAGGGAGCGACAUGCAGAAACGGUAUACCGUAGUCUUCGCAAGUCGGAGCAAAACAUACAGCUGAAGAUAGAAUUGAUACAGCGACAGUUUCGCGAAGUGUCCGAGCGGGAAGAUCGCCUAGCAAAGGAAAAAAUCGAGUUUAGCAAGGAACGGUUGGAGCUUCAGGCUGCUAGACGGAAGCUGCUUCAGACACGUUGCAGUCUAUGCAAGAUCGGUGAUAAGUCACAGGAAAUUGGUGACCUGCUCACAACCAAUACGGAUUCCGUGGCUGACGAUUUGAAACUGGAGGCUAAUUUUGCCGAAAUGCAAAACCGUUGCACGGGUCUGAAGUUGGAACAUUUUUUUGAUAGUGACGUUGAUCACCAAAUGAAGCUUUUCCUCGAACGUAAUCAAGUAGAGCAGUGCAACGAUUUGGAGUUGACGGACAACCAAAGAAGACAUCGAGAAAUUGAUCAUAAUUUGGCUUUACUGAACUUUGACGCUCUUUUUCCACAGCUACAAUCGGACGAGGGACAAGAGCGUAGCGCCACAAACGUCGUUCCAUCGUAA